AUGGAAGAAGAGAAAGAAACCAUGGUAGAGUUGAAGACACAAACCAAGAAGAAAGAGAAAACUGAGAAAGAGAGAGAAGAUGAGAAAGACUUGAUCAGUGCGUUGCCGGACAAUGUUCUUGUUCACAUCAUUCAUUUUGUGGACACAGCUACCGCAGUUCGAACCUUUCUUUUAUCGAAACGAUGGAACAACCUUUGGAAAUCUCUUACCACUCUCUCCUUCAGACGCCGCGAUUUCAAAAACCCAGUCAACUAUAACCAGUUUGUCCAUCACGUUCUCUCCCAUAGAGACACUUCCAUUCGUUUGCAUAGUCUUGAUUUCGACGCAUGCGUCGCAGCACAAGAGCUUCUCAACCUUUUCAUUCCUCUUCUGCAUUAUGUCCCACAUUUGAGAAUCUUUCUUUUUCACCUAUCUACAAAAGUUGUUCAUUAUUCCAUACCUAUCAUCUUUUCUUCACCCUCUCUCACAUCUCUCACUCUCGUUCAUUCAAACCGUAUUAUCUUUAAACUUCCACAAUCUCUAGAACUACCUGCGCUCAAAACCUUGAGCCUCACUAAUGUCUCUUUCACCGCAAGGAACAGUGAUGAUGAGUGCGCUGAACCCUUUUCAUCCUGUUUCUUGUUGAACAGUUUGUUCCUUAUGGGGUGUUCUUUGAGCAACCCUGCCAAAGUCCUCAGCAUAUCAAAUCCCAACCUUUCUCGUUUCACCAUGACAAGGUGCUCCAAAGAGAUGUACAAUAUUGUGCUUUCUACUCCGAAUCUCACCCAUCUAGCUAUAAGAAGUUGCCAUACCUUUCAUGAAGUCUCCUCCACGUGUGAUCUUGCGCUUCUUGAAGAAGCCAACAUUGAGAUCAUUCUGUGUCGUUCUCAUGAAAUCGUUCUAAGAUUGCUGAAAAUGUUAUCCUAUGCAAAGAUAUUGAUGCUCUCUGAGUGCGUUGUUGCAGAAAUUCUACACGCUGCGCACAAAGAUAUGUUUCAUCAUCCAAGUAUUCUACCUCCGCACUUUGUUAGACUACAGACAUUGAAGGUUGAAAACUUUCACCAAACAGAAAUUUUGAUGAAGUACUUACUUCAGAACUCUCAACUGACCAAAGUUGAGAUAAUCCAGGAAAGAGACAUGGUAACUCCCUUGGCUAGGAUACAAGUUGAUUAUGCCAUUAAUGCCUUUCAGAAAGGAACUGCAUAUUUCGUAACUAUAGCGAUCUGGUUCUAUAAAAGAUAA